UUCCCGCCCCUUUUCACUUCAUCUUCUUCCUUCUUUUCCUAUUCAGUGCUUCUAAUCAAAACCAGCACCAUCAAAAUACAGCAGCUCAAAUUCCAUUUCUUCGUAGCAAGUUUACUUGCACUAGAGGAGUAGCGUAGCAGGACGUUCUUCCUUCGGUAGUUUUCCAACAAAAGAAGUUUGCGCAUCUCUUAUGGCAUUUCAAUCCAAAACGGAACCUGGAUCCAGGCCUAAGUCCAUUCCGACCGCCACUGAAAACGGAUAUGGUGAAAUGGACACAUGCGAGCUAGUUGCUGUGCUGCGUAUUGCGUAUAAAAUUGCGGAUUUUGAUAAAAUUCAGCAAGAACUGGUAAAGAGGGAAGCGAAACUUAGGGCGGAAAUUGGACCACUCCGGGAGAAGAUUGAGCUGGAGAGCCUCAAGAGAAUUGAAGUCGAAGAGAGACUGAAAAUCAGAGAGGAGCAAUGUGAAAAGGGGAAGAGAGCCCAGGGUAAUUAUGAGCAGUUGUUGAAGGAAGUGAAAACAGGUGGCUUGGUUGAAAAACAUGCUAUUGAGGAGUUAAGGAAAAAGAACCUUGCUUUAGAACGUGAAGUGUAUGAGCUUGAGCAGUUCAGGAAAAAAAUGGUAGAUGAUGUCAAAUCUAUGGAUGAACUAAGGGACAAGAUCCGUGUGCUGAAGGAGGAGAAGGUUGGGGACAAGAAUGCUAUUGAUGUCCUUAUCACGAAGAACAUUGAAUUGGAGGACGCAAUUAAGAAGAAUUUGUCUGUCAUAGAAGAGUUGAAGAAUGAAAAUGCUAAACUGACAAACGAGAAGCACGAACUUAAGACGUUAUUUGAAUCUUUGGAGAGGAGAUAUAGUAAACUCCGUGUCAGUGAUGUGAAAUUGGAAGAGAGAAUUAUGCCUUUGAUGAGUGAAGAUGCCUCUGAUUGUGGGAACACUGAAGUGCAGCCCGAUUAUGGAGUUUCUUUUGCUGUCAAAGAUGAGAAGGAUGAUAGUGACCACGAGCUUGAAAAUGACACUGGGGAGCCUAUUUCUUUACAAAGGGAUGAAGAUACUCAUAACUAUAUUGAUACUGGCACUGGUCAGAGUUCCAAAAAAGGGAACAAGGAGGAUGCUAUAGGUGCAUUAGGAGUAAAAUUCAAAUUGGAAAAGGAGAUCGGAGACCUAAGUGAUGAUGAAGAUGAUGAUGAUAAGUACACAUCACAAGGNUUGCAUGGAGAGAAAGCUAUUUAUCAAAUAAUUGAAGAAAAUGAACCUCCACAAAGGGUUGAAAUUAUCAAAAGAAAACGUGCUUCUGAUAUCCAGGCUUCUACUUCCACAUUUACAUUCUCUGCUGAUUUAUUUGAAAAAGAAAAUCUCCCUGUAAAGAGAAGACUGGCUUUUCCUUCAAGCUCCAAACGCAUGAAAGCAACUGCUGGCCAAUCUUCUAGAGGCCAUAUGAGGAAGGAAAAAGUUCACUCUCAUUUAUUCCUAACCAAGGACCAUCAAAAGAACUUCUCUAUGGUUAAGAACAGAAAAUUGUUGAUGGAGAGGAAGGUUACCUUGUUAUCACAUGAAAUACCUGACUUUCAAAAUGAAAUCAUGGAGCGCCAUUGGGACAACUUGGCAACCUAUCCAGCCCCUGCCAACAUUGAGUUGGUUAGAGAAUUUUAUGCCAAUGCACGAAUCUUCUCCAAGGAUGCUGAACCCUUUUUGAGUUAUGUACGUGGUAAACGCAUCCCUUUUGAUGCAGACACCAUUAAUACCUUCUUGAACAUAGAAUGGCGAGGAGGCAACCAACCAUGUCAAUAUGCUCAAUUCUUAGCUGAAGACAUUGACUAUGAGGAAAUCGAAGGAACUUUAUGCAUCCCUGGAGGCUCUUUCCAAAGAAAUAGGCAAGGAAAACCUCUACACAUCCAGAGAUUUCUCCUUACUCCAUUAAGCAAAUUCUGGAUGGCGAUAAUACAUGCAAAUAUUUCUCCUUGUUCUCAUACGUCGGACGUUACAACAAACCGCGCCAUUAUCCUUUAUUGCAUCCUCACAAGCCGAUCAAUAAACUUGGGUAAGUUAAUUGCUAAUGAGAUCAGUUUGUGUGCCCAUGCUGUUCAUGUUGCUUUGGGACAUCCAUCUUUGAUCACACAUUUAUGCCAGUUAGCGGGGGUUGAUAUCUCAACACCACCUCUCGAGAGACCUCGAAAAGCAAUUGACAUAUCAUACUACUUUCAGUAUUGUUUACUAGAUGAGGAUGGUGUCAUUAUCCCACCACCGCAGCCUCCCAGGAUCCAUCAUCGGCCUCAACCUGUUCGUCCUCCAACUGACCCAUACCAAAUGAUGGAGAUGAAGAUGGCAUUAUUAGAUGCCAAGUUGGAGGCACUGCACAGAAGCAACCUAGCUCAAGCAGAAAUGAUGAGACAAAUUUACUUUGCUUCUUCCAGCCCCGACUUUAUGUCACUAGAGGAAUAUGCCGCUCGAGUAGCUUGGCCUGGAGACUAGACUCAAUUUAUCGGGGGAGAUGGAGCUGCUGCAGAUAGUGCAGACACUGAUGACGAGGAUGAUCAUGACACGGAUGAUGCUGAUGAAAUGAGAAAGAGGAAGCAGAUGAUGCUGAUAAUGAUGAGGAGGAUGAGGAAGCUGAUGACAAUGAUGCUGAUAAGAUACUGAUAUGAGUGAUUAAAGCACGUCAUGGGAUGCAAGGGAAAUAUAAAUUUAUAGAACUUGGAAAUGUUUAAGACAUGUAUAGCUGCUAGAAGAAUUAUAAUAUGUUUCUUUAGUAUAUGUUGUGUUCAUGUAAUUUUGUGAUACAAUCAUUGUGCUGAAUUUUCUGUUUUAUUGGCAGCUUAUUCCUGAAGUAGGUGGAUAAUUAUUCAAAUCCGUGUUGUUGAAUUUUCAAUUGUCGCUUGCUUAAUAAAUAUAAGUUGUCAGAUUUGUUUC